AUGGAUUGGACUCAGGAAGAUGUUUCAAUAUGGUUGAUGGAGAAUGGUUUUGACAAAUGCGUAAAUAAGUUUAAAGACGAAGAAAUUGAUGGUUUAACUCUUUUAAAUUUGAGUUCAUCAUCAAUCGAUGAACUUUUAUCAAUCAAUACUAUUGAUAAUGUUAUUAAGAAGCCAACAAUAGGUAUUAAAACAAAGUUCGAAAAAAAGCUGGAGAUGUUAAAAUCAGAUGUUUUUUCAAGUUCUAGUAAUAUUUUGACAUUAAAUGAAAAACAAUCGGACAUUUUAAUAAAUGAAAUAAAUUCAAACGCUUCAAAUAAUUUAUCAUUUUUUCAUGACUUUAACAUUGAUACUGAACAUCACGUUAUUGGUAAUCAAGAUCAUCUCAAAGUUUCUUUAUCGACCACAAAUGUUUCAAAUCAAUUGAAUGAUCAAUCUUCCUCGAGUUCACAAUUUUUACCACCACAAGAUACAACAAUCGAUCAAAGAAUCCACCAAUCAUUAGAUAAUUCUUCAAUUACGUCAAUAUCUCAAUCGAAAAAAAAAUUUCCAUUGAAUUACGUGCUUCCACAAUUUGAUAAAGCUUUCGAGAAAGCUGCAGAAGAUCCAUCGAAAACAGAUUUUGGACUGCGGUGCAGAAAAAAACAACAACUUGUUAAAACAAUUCGUGAUGAUGUAGCCAAUACCUAUGGCAUUGACUUUUAUCCAACUGCAUCUGAAUUUGACCGAAUGGUUGUUAGUGUGAAAAAUAAAUAUCCAGCACUUAGUAAAGUAUUCGGCGAAGAUAUGAGUUUACUAACAUCAGCAUUAAAACAACAAUUUUCACGCGAUCGUCAACAAUAUGGUUGUUCAUCUGAUGUAUUACUGAAAAAACGACAGUCAUAUGGUCAUUUAUUGUCAGGACGUAAGCUAAAAUUUGUUAAAGUUGAUUUAGUAUCUCAUCGUGAGUAUUUGAUUCAAGAAAAAGAACAAUCUCAAGAAUGUUUAAUGCAAUUGUCUCAACAAGCUGAUUCAAUGCGUGUUUUAAUAAACACAACAAACUAUGAUUAUGGUCAAAUUAAAGCAAAAAUGGACAUAACGUAUCCACAUCGUCACCGUCUUGUGCAAGAAAUGAAGCCAAUAAAACAAAUUAUUGAUUUAUAUCCAGCUUUAACAGUGAUUGAUCUGAUAAUUCGUGAAAUUAAUGUCCAUUUUGAUCCAUUCGAUGGAGACAUUGUUGAAACAUUAAAAGGUAAUACUUCUAAAUUAUCAUCCUAUAUUAUCUUCCUUAUUUUAGAAGAGCAACCUUUCUUUAUCUUGGAACAUUUAAUCAUGAAACGUUAUAAACAUUCGAAGAAACUAUUAUUACAUCAUGAAACUAUAGAUGCUUAUCCAAUGAUUCAAAUCCAAAAGGUCAAUGAUACUACAAAUUAUUCUAUCGUUAUUGAAUAUAAUCAAUUAAUUACAACGAAUUCUCAAGCUGAAGCAAUGGCUGUUUUGAUUGGUUCUUAUGAAAUAUUCAAUAUAGAAUAUCCAACAAAAAUUCGUGCAACACUCGAGGUUUUGAAUGGAUUAUCAUUUAAAAGAAGAUCAUUUUUUUUAUCAGUGGCUGCAAAAAGAUUUUUCAAUGAAUAUAAAUUAAAUAUUGAUUUAAAUUAACACUUCGUUUCCUUCGCAUUUUUCAUACCAGGUCUUCAAAUCUAUAAUGUAUGUUUAUGUUUGUAUGUAGAAAUGCUUAUUUUUUUGUGAAUAUGAACUAUUUGUUUUUUUAUUGUUAACUUUUUAAAAGUUGUUUCACUUUUAUUUAAUGGUGAACUUUUCAUAAUUAUGCAUCAUGUAUUAAAGUAUCAUAUAUAUAAUAAAUUGAAAGUGCUAUAUUAAAAUGAGUAUAAAAUAACUUGAUUUUCAAAUUUGUAAAAUAUGUUCUAAUCGAUAUAUCAUAAGCGAAAUUCCAGGAAUGCCUAUAUGAAUUCACUUUCGAUUUUCUAACUAGAAAAUCG